AUGUCCUGUCGCUCCUACAGGAUCAGCUCAGGAUGCGCCGUCACCAGGAACUUCAGCUCCUGCUCAGCUGUGGCCCCCAAAACCGGCAAUCGCUGCUGCAUCAGCGCCGCCCCCUACCGAGGCUUGUCCUGCUACCGGGGCCUGACGGGCUUCGGCAGCCGCAGCCUCUGUAACCCCGGCUCCUGUGGGCCCCGCAUGGCUGUUGGGGCCUUCCGCUCGGGCUCCUGCGGCCGCAGCUUCGGCUACCGCUCCGGGGGCGUCUGUGGACCCAGCCCGCCCUGCAUCACCUCCGUGUCCGUCAACGAGAGCCUGCUCACGCCCCUCAACUUGGAGAUCGACCCCAACGCGCAGUGCGUGAAGCACGAGGAGAAGGAGCAGAUCAAGUGUCUCAACAGCAGGUUCGCAGCCUUCAUCGACAAGGUGCGCUUCCUGGAGCAGCAGAACAAGCUGCUGGAGACCAAGUGGCAGUUCUACCAGAACCAGCGCUGCUGCGAAAGCAACCUGGAGCCGCUGUUCAGUGGCUACAUCGAGACGCUGAGGCGGGAGGCCGAGUGCGUGGAGGCCGACAGCGGGAGGCUGGCCGCGGAGCUCAACCACGUGCAGGAGGCCAUGGAGGGCUACAAGAAGCGGUACGAAGAGGAAGUGGCUCUGAGAGCCACAGCUGAAAAUGAGUUUGUGGUUCUGAAGAAGGAUGUGGACUGUGCCUACCUGCGGAAAUCAGACCUGGAGGCGAACGUGGAGGCCUUGGUGGAGGAGUCAACCUUCCUGAAGCGCCUCUAUGAAGAGGAGAUCCGAGUUCUCCAAGCCCACAUCUCAGACACCUCGGUCAUCGUCAAGAUGGACAACAGCCGGGACCUGAACAUGGACUGUGUCGUGGCUGAGAUCAAGGCUCAGUACGAUGAUGUUGCCAGCCGCAGCAGGGCUGAGGCCGAGUCCUGGUACCGCACCAAGUGUGAGGAAAUGAAGGCCACGGUGAUCCGGCACGGGGAGACCCUGCGCCGCACCAGGGAGGAGAUCAACGAGCUGAACCGCAUGAUCCAGAGGCUGACGGCCGAGAUCGAGAACGCCAAGUGCCAGCGCGCCAAGCUGGAGGCCGCCGUAGCCGAGGCAGAGCAGCAGGGCGAGGCGGCCCUCACUGACGCCCGCUGCAAGCUGGCCGAGCUGGAGGCCGCCCUGCAGAAGGCCAAGCAGGACAUGGCCUGCCUGCUCAAGGAGUACCAGGAGGUGAUGAACUCCAAGCUGGGCCUGGACAUCGAGAUCGCCACCUACAGGCGCCUGCUGGAGGGCGAGGAGCACAGGCUGUGCGAGGGCGUGGGCUCCGUGAAUGUCUGCGUCAGCAGCUCCCGAGGUGGAGUCACCUGUGGGAGUCUCACAUUCGGCACCACCCCAGGGCGCCAAAUCACCUCGGGCCCCUCAGCCACUGGGGGCAGCGUCACAGUGAUGGCCCCUGACUCCUGCUCCCCCUGCCAGCCGCGCUCCUCCAGCUUCAGCUGCAGCAGCAGUCGCUCGGUCCGUUUCGCAUAACGCUGGGGUCUCCCCGACCAGCCACCUGCCUGCCUGCAGCUGCCCCAGCGCGGAGCGGUGUGUGAGUGGAAACUGUGUGCUUGCUUCCAGAAUCUUCCAGAUGUUCCGACAGGGGCAAAGAGCUUUGGGGCCUCUCUCCCCCACCUUAUCCCUCUGGGGAGCCAUCUCCCUGUUCCCCUCUGGUUUCCGUUCUAGAGUCAUCCUGAGCUCUCUGCUCUACUCCACCUUACCUUCAAAGUCCUCUGCCCCAUAUGUGUCUCCCACAACCUCUCUUGGAACAUCACCACUCCUCCAGGGUGGCUGGGCAGCGUGCAAGUUUGCCUUGCCAGGUCAAGGCAUGAUCCUAGUCACAUAGCUCUGUCCUCCACAGCCAAGAACCAGGGGGGAAGCCCCUUGCCCAGCAGCUCCUGCUCUUGGUCCCAAAGAUAUGACAAGCUACUACCUGUCACUGAUCGCGUUUCGCUCACCUUCCUUCCUCUGAGGUGACCUCAGACUCCUCGGGCGACCUGCCGGCAGAGAGGCCAGCUGUGCAGGGCAGCCUUCUGCCUCGUCCUGGCUUUACACCUUCACACAUUUCAAAAACCCCGAAUCUACUCUAUGUCUCCCCUUGCCAGGUGCAGGCAAAGACUGGUGGGGGGAUGGAGAGAACCUUG